AUGUCAUCUUGUCCAGCCGGUUGGGUUCAUGAAGUUUAUUCUCAUCCAGGUUGGUUACCUUUAUUGACCGAUCGAGUUGGAAAUUAUAUUGGUGUGGAUUUGAGUCCUCCUAUGGUCUUAGAUCCUGAUCAUGAUUUGAAUCCAAGUUUGAAUUCUAAACGGAUCAUAGGAGGAGGUCAAGGAAACAGUCAAGCUUCAGUUGGACAAGUGAUUGCGUUUGGACGAGAGAUUGAUGAGAAAGUGGUACUUUGGAAUGGAGAUGGUCAAGAAGGAUGGGGAAAAUGGUUAUCUUCAUUCGCAGAUGAUCUAGAACAAGGUAAUUUUGCAAUUCUAGGUGGAACUCAUCAUCAUCAUCAUCAUUCUUUGAAGAAUUCAAAACGAUCUUCUUCAAAUGAAAUAAAUCAAGAUGAUGAAUCAGGUUGGAAAGUUGAAAGUGAUGAAGAUGAAGAAGAUGGGAUUGGUGAAUUAGGUUAUUUUCAUGAUGGAAAUCUUCAAUCAGAUUGGAAAGAUUCAAGUGAAUCGAAACUUUGGAAACUUUCAAAUCAGUUUCGUGGUAUGAAUGUGAUUGAAGCACUUUGUGAAAGAUCAAAACAACGUUGGUCUGAGAUCGGAUUGUAUUCUUCUUCUGCUACUCGUCCUAAUCCAACCCAUCGACAAAAACCGUCACUUCAAGCACAUUCUAGACCAGGACCAUCUAAUCCAAAUCCAACUCAAUCACCACACCAACACCCACCCCCCGGUUUCGCCUCAGGAUCCCACGCUUCUCUACCUUCUCAACCUGAUACACCAAUAGCCUUUGUGACGCCACCUUCACCACGACCAUCGACAGACCAACUCCGACCAGAUCAUUCGACUUCCACCAACUUAAAUGUGAUGAACCCAUCCAACAAACUGGUACGAAAACGAACGAUCCCACCUGCGCCUGCUUCACUUUCUUUACCUACUAUGGAUGAUAUGAUCAAAGAUGAGAUCGAAGAAGAUGAAGAAGGUAUCGGGUUAUCUUCUUCUACUACGAGUUCGAUUGGAAACGGAAAUCAUCAGGUUCAUAGUCAGGAAAAUUCUCUUGGUAGAUUGAGCGCUUUGGGAUUGAGAAACGAAUUGGAAUUCGGAUCUGAAUUGGAAUCUAUUGGAAUGAGAAUGAUUAAAUUGGAUGAAAUGAAGAUUCAAAAUGAAGUUUGA